UAGUUUCCUGUUAUCUCAGCCUUUUUUAUUAUUAUUAAAAAGGCAGGGAAUGGGAGUUGGAAUUGCUUUAAUCUAAAUUAUUUUUAGAAGAUGAGAGAGGUGAAUUUCCACUUGGUCAUCUUAACAUUAAGAAUUUGUAAGGAAACGUGCACAUCAAAGCUCAAGUUGUUAGUAGGACAUUGAGAGUUUGGUAUGUAGGCUACUGCAAUGUUUGUGUUGCCAAAAGAUAGCUGUGGCUGAAAGUUAUCUGGAAAGUGUGUGAUAUAUUAAUUUUAUCACUUCAUGGGUGAGAGGUGUGCAGAUCUUGAGCACUGUCAGUCAGUUGAUUCCCAAAGGCACCAAAAAGCCCAUCUCUUUCUUCUUAAUUUUUUUUUCUCUUUCUUAUUUUUUUUUUAUUACAAGCUUUUGUUCCAUAGUAAAGCUACUGUAAGUUUGACCAUAAACUCUUCAGAUGGAUGGGUCUAGUGAGGUGUAUUCAGAUACUUAGUUUUGCCUGACUCUCAGAAAUGCAACAGAUCUCGCAGUUCUAUGUUUCAAGCAGUGACUAAUCUCACUGGAGCUCAGUAUUGGUAAGCAAACGUUAUUCAUAGUAUUUGUACGGGUCCUUAGGAAGAUCGGGGAGCCACACAGUGUUUUCCUGAGAACAGCUCUUGUCCUAGAUUUCAUCUUAAAACUUCAAGGGAACUGAAAACAGAAUUUCUGUGUUCUGGUAUGUGCAGUGUUGGAUGGGGAACUUCAUGAAUCUAGCAGGAGAAAGGUGGGAUGGGUACCUCAACAAGUUAGGCUUUUGUUUGGCCACAAGGUGGCUGCUUCUUGCUUUACAGGUCCCAUAGCACAGAACAGAUUGUGUAUGCAAUGUCAUAAUCCCUUGGUGCGUUAAGGUAGCGUCUGUAUUCGGAAGCAGCGCAGGCUAACAGGAGUUUAAAGGUUGGGCAGGGAUUGUUUGUGGUUUUUAGUGUUUGAGAACCCCACGCACUGUUUGGAGGGGAUUGUUGUUUUGAAUUGGCUCUAGUCUGGACAGAGCAUUCGUUAGUGGCUACAGUGAUUCCGGGGCACGUAAUCUACAUAGGAAAUGGAUAUUUUUUGCACAAAACUAUGCCUGCUACACUGUAUGAACCAAAGCCCAGUAAGUGAGGAAGAUCAAGAUUUUGCUUCAAAAGUGUGUUCCUGUCGGAACUAAAAUACAAAUGUAGAUGUACUUUACCUGUGGCUCCAGUAAUUUAUAAUGGAAUUAAGUACUUGCGACAGUGUUUUGCUGGCAAUUAUGAUCCGUGGUUUUUUGUUUUGUUUUUUUUAAUCUGCAUUGUGUAUUGCAAACACUCAGAAGAUCAAACCGUUCUCUUUGUGCUAGGAAGAAUAACUCCUUCGUAUACUGCUGAGCUUAAGACACAGGGCUUAAACUAGGCUAAAAACCAUCCAAAUUCAAAGCAGUUAUAGCAACUGAAUUAUUUGUUCAGUUUCUUGUCUGGUUCUGUCUUAUAGUUCAUUUUCUCAGGCACGAGGAAAGUAAACAUAUUACUGGAACCAGCCUACAAGCCUGUACGAAAUCCAGAUAAUGGGUAUUUCGUUGGCAGGCCCUGAUUUAAAAAAAACUGUUUCAUCGAGUCCAGUGUCUUGCUUCAACGAUGACUUUUAUCUUAUGUUUCAGUAAGGAGUUGGCCCACUUGUGCAUGAAACCACCGGUUCUGUGUGCUUGGGGAAUAAGGGCUAUUGAAUUGUUCAUGCCUCGAAGAGUGAGUUAUUGCGGAAAUAUCAGAAGUCACUUAUACGUAAUGCCCUUAAAUAGGAGAACCGAAAACCUGUUGUCAAGCGUUUUAUAGAACAGCAAAGGGCCUAGCGCUAGUGUCACUCCACUGCAAGCCGCCUAAAGAGCGCAGACAGUGCAAUGAAAAACCGGUCAGCAUGGUUGUCGUCGUGGUCUCUCUUCUUGUCCUCCCAUUGCUAGUGGAUCUGCAAGAAUGCACGCUGUGGUCAAGGCUUCUUAAUGUUGUUUUUACUUUAUUUUUGCUGUGUGGACCAGAUAAGGGAUUCUGUGGAAAACUGGCAAGAGAAUGCAAACAAGGUUUUUUUUUUCUAAACGCCUUGGAUGCCUUGCAAGGAAGGAGUGAGUGACUGAGAUCUUGGUUGCUGCAAAUAAUGAUUACCAUCUCUGCCGUGAAAAGGAGGUGAACAGAGGUGUCAUGUGAUGUAUUUAGUGAAUGUGGAGCAAAAUAUUGGCUGUUGUGGAAAACUUUGCCUGUUUUUAAUACCUCUUCUAAUAUGCAGAGGUUUGGCAACUCUUAUUAGACUACAUUAAAAGGAUGUUCAAACUUAAUUCUGUGAGCUUUUAAGAUGAAAAUAUUUCAGAUAUACAGUGAGCUGAAUAUAUUAAGAAUGCAAUUCUUCUUUAAACUUGUUUGUUUGAAACUGCAGAGCCAGCUUCAAGGUGUCUUCCACUGGCAAGACUUUCUCAGUAGCAGAGAAAAUCUCUUAAAUUAUUACUUGGUAACGUCACAUUGUUGCUGACCUGUUUCCCUUAUCACUUAAACAAGCCAGCAGGGUAAACACGCAGAGGAAACGGCUGGUAGUUCUUGUACAUCUUUGGAGGAAGAUAUUAAUUGCCUGCUGCUGUGAAGAAUAUUCAGUUAACUUUUUUUAAGAUCCAGUGAAGAUUUGUCCCCUUCUGCCCCUUUUUUUGUCACUUUUAGGCGUAAAGGAUAAGGUUGUUUGUAACUCUGGACGGAGAGGUUUGGAAUUACUUCAGAAGGCUCAUUUUUACUUUGAACGCCCUUUUUCUCCUGUGAUUGCACUGGUAUCUCUGUAUCAAAAGGGCUGGACUGUCAGCAAUUGCUGUGAACCUUGCAUUCAUCGGAGCUUUCAAUCUAAUGGACUAUUGAAUAGGCAAAUAAAACCGGCUUGUUGAGGAAGAGGAAACAAAGUAUCUGACUGAAUUUCUAAUCUCAUUAGAGGGAAGACUGAAGCAGGUAAACAUCAAGAGCAUGAGCUGACUCUAUUUACGUUCAACCCUUAACAUGACUGAAUUUGCAGAAGGAUCAGCUGAGAGCAACCCCCAGCCUUGCUGCAAGGCCCUGUACCUGCAAUGCAGUGCUGUGCAUCUGCAGCUAGGUGGUGGAGGCAAAUCCCUUUUCUCCCGUGCUCUUGCACAAAGCUUUGCUGCGUUCAAAAAGAACCAGCCCUCAGCCUGCCGUUGAUGCGCCUCGGCUUCCUGAACAAUCUGCCAUCUCCUUUUUAAUGGCUCUUUCGAAAACUAUUGGACUGUCUUCAGGGAUAUCUUUAUCAAUGGGAGGCCGUGCUUCGUGCAGGCCUGACACUCAGCAUCGGGGCCCUGCUGCUCAUUCUGAGAAUGAUCUUCCAGAACAAGAGGAAGAAAUCCUGGGGUCAGACGAUGAUGAACAGGAGGAUCCAAACGAUUACUGUAAAGGUGGCUAUCACCUUGUGAAAAUAGGAGAUCUCUUUAACGGGCGAUACCAUGUGAUCCGAAAGCUUGGAUGGGGCCACUUCUCCACUGUAUGGCUAGCUUGGGACAUCCAAGGGAAGAGAUUUGUGGCAAUGAAAGUGGUGAAGAGUGCAGAGCACUACACAGAAACAGCACUGGAUGAAAUCAAGUUGCUAAAAUCGGUCCGUAACAGUGAUCCAAAUGACCCAAAUAAAGAGAGGGUUGUUCAGUUAUUAGAUGACUUCAAGAUUUCAGGAGUUAAUGGUUCUCAUAUCUGUAUGGUGUUUGAAGUUCUAGGCCAUCAUCUCCUGAAAUGGAUCAUCAAGUCAAAUUAUCAGGGACUUCCACUCCCUUGUGUCAAAAAGAUCAUCAAACAGGUUCUUCAGGGUCUGGAUUAUUUGCACACAAAGUGUCGGAUCAUUCAUACAGAUAUUAAACCCGAGAACAUUCUUUUGUGUGUUAACGACCAGUAUAUUCGCAGGUUGGCUGCGGAAGCAACAGAGUGGCAGAGAUCUGGGGCUCCCCCACCAUCUGGCUCUGCAGUGAGCACUGCACCACAGCCAAAACCAGCUGACAAAAUGUCAAAGAAUAAGAAAAAGAAGUUGAAAAAGAAGCAGAAACGGCAAGCUGAGUUGUUAGAGAAACGAAUGCAAGAGAUAGAGGAGAUGGAGAAGGAAGCGAGCCCUGGGCAAGCACAGCCUGAAGAGGAGGAAGAAGCUCAGAGCCCUCUGGAAAUGCUUUUAAAAGUUACUCCACCGGAUGAAGGUGUCAGCAAAAAGACAGCUGAAGCUGUUGUUCAGGAGCAGUCUAUUCUGAUGGAAAGCAACGUGGAAAAAUGUGUACCAGAAAUAAAUUGCAAUGGAGUGAUACAAAUGACGGACUUCUCAGACUCUGGCAAUCAAGGGUCUGUGCGACUUGAGGAUGACCUUCAUAAUGCCAACAACUGUGGUGAUCACCCUCUCACACAGAAGGAGGACGGCUUCCGUAGUUGUAAUUACAAUCAGCAUAAUGGUGACUCGGAGACCAGGCCUCAAGGAGCAAUGUCGGACUCAUUCGUGCCCUUAGUUUCGGAAGAUUCCAUGGUGUGUCAGCCCACGUCGAGUGAAGAGCAAUCAUUCAGCGAGCAGGAGAUUAGCCAUUUGCAAGAAAGCAUCCGGACAGAGAUACCUUCAGAGGAUGAGAAUGAAAAUAAUGGUCCCUCAGAGAAUAAAGGAAAAUCGACUGCUGGGAAUUUCCUUCUUAAUCCCCUUGAGCCCAAGAAUGCAGAUAAGCUUAAAGUGAAGAUAGCUGACCUAGGAAAUGCCUGCUGGGUGCACAAGCACUUCACUGAAGACAUCCAGACGAGACAAUACCGAUCCUUGGAGGUAUUGAUAGGAUCGGGGUAUAACACCCCUGCUGACAUUUGGAGCACAGCAUGUAUGGCCUUUGAAUUAGCAACAGGAGACUAUCUGUUUGAGCCUCAUUCUGGAGAAGAUUACUCACGGGAUGAAGAUCACAUUGCAUUGAUCAUAGAACUUCUGGGGAAAAUACCUCGCAAGCUCAUUUUGGCAGGAAAAUAUUCCAAGGAGUUUUUCACCAAAAAAGGUGAUCUGAAGCACAUCACUAAACUGAAGCCCUGGGGCCUUUUUGAAGUUCUGGUGGAAAAAUACGAGUGGUCCCAAGAUGAGGCAGCUGCAUUCACAGACUUCUUAUUACCUAUGUUGGAGCUGAUCCCGGAGAAACGAGCUACAGCAGCGGAGUGUCUCAGGCACCCCUGGCUUAGCUCAUAGAGGCUUCAACCCAAUGCCACAGCACUACACUCUGGUUUACAGCAUAGCAUACAUACACCCAGCUGCCCCUUCCCAGACCCAUUUUUUUUCCCUUGUUCAUUUUCAGUGUGAAGUUCUUCCUUCAAGGCUUCCAAGAUUUUAGAUAAACCUAACAUGUUCUGCUGAGUUUGCUUGUGUGACUCAAUGGGGACUCUCCUCAGCCAGUGGGCAUCAUCUGUGUUUUGCCUUGAUAGGGCUUUGCCAAAGACUAAUUGAAUAUGAAGUUUUUCCUGAGUCUCCUCACCGUUAUGCAGCAUGUGUGGUAGAUGUGAGCUCAUCUGUGCUGAGAUAGCUCCCUUAACUAAAUUUCAACUGUCCUUUGUUCGUGAGGGGGACGUGAAGAUCUGAACUCAUCCUUAUUGCACCGACUCAGGAGUCAAUGUCCCGCUGUUUAUCCAGUAGCUGGCAAUGGGGUGAGAAGUAACAGAGGGCACCGAGGUGGUAUUAAUUCCAUGUAGAGCAAAGACCUCGAAAUCCUCCAUCAUUUUCUAGGUGUCUACUGUAUUCUUUACUUUCCAGCCACGUAAUUUUUUCUUUAGUUUUUUUUAGCUGCCUAAAUCUUUUCGAAAUGAGCUAUUUAAGUCUAGGUUUUAGUAUCAUUUAUUUCUUCCCCCAGCGUGCCCCUGCCCUUUUACUUUUUCCCCCUCCCUGUGCCCAGAUAGUCAGAAUAGUUUCUAAGUUCAGCAACACUUACUGUGUGUUUUCAAAUGCCUGAGCCUGUGACUAAAAGGUGACAAGGAAAAUAAGCAAAAGCUGGAACUGACUAAACGCACAAUCUUCAGCAUACAGAUGGGUGCACCCUUUGGCUGCAGAGAGGUAGCCUUGUUGCAGGCAACUCUUCCAAUGUUUUAGUGAGCUGUAAGGUCUUUUUUCUUUCUUUCUUUCUUUUUUUUUUUAAAUCCCUUACUGGCACUUUUUUGCCUUGCUUGAGGCAGUUGCUGCAUCAGUGAGAGACUGGCUUUCACUGAUGCAGUGUACUCCGGCUCUUAAUUUUUGACCAUUCACUUUUUCCCAAAUGAAGGGUGGCAGCAUCUGAAUCACAGCCACGCUAUAGCCCUUGACUUGGAAACUCAACACUUGAAAGCCCCAUGUAAAGGUUUCUUUUGCGUUAACUUGCUUCAGGUGCUGGCCUUCAGAAAUAACUUCCCUGAAUGGGAUUGCCUUUCACUUUCUGGGGCGUUAACACAAAGAGAGCUAACAUAGGUAGGAGAAAACUGAUCGACUUUUCCAUGUAGAUACCAGACUAGAAGCUGUUCCUAGAGCGACCCUAAACAAAAUGUUCUGUCAAUUUACUGUAUAAACCCCUCAGAAAGGGGUUGGAUGUAAUAAGUAAAUGGGUUGAUUUUAAUUAAAAGUUAAAUCAUUGUGGCAUUUGCUAGUUCUAUGAUGGUUUCUUCUAGACUUGUCCAUCCUUAUUACAGAUUCAGUGCAUCCUACUCUUAAAGCCAGAUUUGGCAGUGUUGAGACUUCAGAGGCGCUUCCUCACCCUGGACCAAAUGGGCCUUUGGAUUCAUGGUAGUUCUCAAAGGAUAGAAGCACUGCAGGAACAUACCGGAGGCCAAGCAGAUGCUCUCUGAGGCGAUGUGUUGCCAAAGCGGCCAAGAUGACUGUUACGAGUCACUUCUCUACUUGUGUUUGAAGUCCUGGUUCAUGAGAAUUGUUCAUUCAUAAAACUUGGUGUCAUUUAAUCCACUUGAAAAGCAUUUCUGCAGUCCAGUGUCUGAUUCGGCUUAUUAAUGCAAUUCGUGCCGCAUGCUCUUUUAGGGAUAGGUCAGGUUCUCUAUGCGUGUCAUCUAAAAUUAAAGGACGGAAACGUACCGAAAGAGUUUCAAACUGCAGCUUUGACUCCCUCCCCUCCCCUUCAUCUGGAGUUUUCCCAGUUCAGCGUCACUUCCGUAUCCCUUACAAAGGGACUGCAGACAGAACUGGAUUCUAGCAUACCUACUGUCUAAAUACUGUGAAGAUAUAUUGGCAGGGCAAGCAACUUCUGUUGUCGUCUUGAAAGCUCACUCGGUCCUGUGUACUUCAGACUGGCCCGAUAGAGAAUUGUUUCUAGGAGGGGUCUGCGCACUUCGAUGCUGAGAGCUUCUUCCGGUCCUUCCCUGCCCUCUGCCACCUUGACUGGAGGAGGACACUUUUUUUACCGAGAUGGCCAAGGCUAGAGCCAGCUUGGGAGUUGGAGACCCGCAGGAUCGCCUGUCAGGAUUCAGUCUUGUACCUUGUGCUUGUUCACUUGGGGUUUGUUAAAUUUCCUGAUUGCCGUAAAGUGCUCACACUAAAGGAUUUGUACUUGCUGUGUCAGUCUAAAACCUGAAGGAAAAUACAUUUUUAUUCUUUCUA